AACAGCGCAUAUCACAAUGGUUCAUCGCGAACGAUAUCGACGAUAUAAAGGACUCGGCAGGAGUGAAAAGGCGGAGAUAUUGCUGAGUGCACUCAGCGACGGCACGUAUCAAUUGGCGGCGGAUUUGGCAUUACCAAAGCAGUUAACACAAGUGCCGUAUGAAGAUAUUUUGGUAAUUCUUGACAAGCACUUUACGCCAAAAAAAUGUGGGUUUGGCGAGCGAUAUAAAUUUUACGCAGCUACCCAAGAAGCAGAUGAAACGUAUCCGCAGUGGGCUGCGAGGCUACGCGAUCUAACUACGCAUUGUGGAUUUUUGAACGUGGAGGAGGCGCUUCGUGACCGGUUUGUUAUGGGCAUGCAACCUGGGUCGGAGAAAGAUAAACUGUUUGCUCGUGACCUGGAAGAACUAACGCUGGCGAAAGCAGUAGAACUGGCGGAGAGCGUGCGUAGUGCACGUCAGGGAGCAGCAGCAUCUUCGUCUCGAGCGUCGACGCAGGGGCCGGCCGCGAGCGAGCCGGUGUUCAAGACCGCAACGGACAAAUACGCGCGUAGUGAAACCAGUCGCAGUGGUCUAAAGAAAGAAGUGUGUCAAGUGUGCGGCUAUAAAAAUCAUAAAACGGAUCAAUGUAGAUUUGCUAAUCAUAAGUGUAAAAAGUGUAAUGCAACGGGCCAUCUGCGCCGUAUGUGUAAAAAAAUAAAUUUUGUAGGUACCGGCGAGUCGAGCGAGAGUGACGAUGACGGUAGGAUCAACAAAAUAUGUUCUUAUAAAGGCGAACCAAUGACGUUAGUUAUUUCUAUUCGGACCGCUAAUCUAAAGUUUGAAUUGGAUACAGGAUCGGCGGUCACCGCGAUUUCCGAAUUAACCUACAAUAAAUAUUUCAAAUCUAUGCCAGUAUCGCUAGAAUGUGCUCGGUUGUUCACAUACACAGGACGUGCAAUUCACUGUCUCGGAAUUUUAAAACUGCCCUUUACGUAUUUAAACCAAACUCACGAUAUAAAUGUUCACGUAAUACGUGAAGGUGGGCCGCCAAUUGUAGGGCGUGAUUUUAUAAGUUUAUUUAAAUUGCAAAUGUCACAUAUUAACUUUACUCAGUCUGUAAACGUCGUUGAUCAGUUAAAGUCGCAAUACCCUGGGGUAUUUUCUGAUGACUUGGGCAUGUUUACAAAAUACCGAGUGAAACUAGAAAUAAAAGAUAAUGCUAAACCGGUAUUUUUAAGGCUCGUCCUAUUGCGUUUGCGUUAAGAGAUAAGGUAAACAAUGAGCUCGAUCGGUUGAUACGUAUAGGUGUUUUAAAACCGGUUCAACAUUCAGAAUAUGCAUCGCCUAUCGUGCCAAUAUUAAAGCGCGAUGGCUCUGUCCGAUUGUGCGUUGAUUAUUCGGUCAGUGUAAAUAAACAAUUAGUUGUUGAGCAAUACCCGUUGCCGACUAUUCGUGAAUUGUUUACGAAACUUCACGGGGGCAACAAUUCAGCAAAUUAGAUUUAACACAAGCGUAUUCACAAUUUGUGUUAGGUGACGAGUCUCAAAACAUAACGUGUAUAAACACGCAUCGGGGAUUAUUUAAAUAUACAAGGCUAGUGUUCGGUCUCGCUAGUGCUCCGGCCAUUUUUCAACGUGCAAUGGAGUGUUUGUUGUCUGGAUAAGACGGAGUUAUGUGCAUGCUCGAUGACAUUUGUAUUACGGGAGAAACGAAAGAACAGCAUUUAGAUAGGCUUAAUGCAGUUUUGAAACGAUUACAAGAUGCGGGUUUAACGUUACGUAAAGAUAAAUGUGUAUUUUUUGCCAACCAAAUAGAAUAUUUAGGCUAUACUAUUGAUAAAGAUAGAUUGAGAAAAUCUCAGCAAAAAGUGAAGGCAAUACUUGAGGCACCUACUCCAACAAACAUAAAUAAAUUACAAUCGUUUCUCGGAUUAGUUAAUUAUUAUAGAAAUUUUGUACCAAAUGCAUCGUAAAUUUUGAGUCCACUGUAUUCUUUAUUGCAAAAGGGCAGUAAAUGGAAAUGGGACACCAUACAUAAUGAUGCAUUUAAUGCUAUUAAGAAAUAUUUAGCUUCGGAACAGACUCUUGCUCAUUUUGACCAUAAUGCAAAAAAUAUUUUAACUGUAGAUGCCUCACCCUGCGGGUUAGGAGCAAUUCUGUCACAGGUAGGAUCUGACGGAGUGGAGCGUCCCGUGUCGUUCGCCUCAAGCACACUGAAUGCUACAGAAAAGCGGUAUUCACAAAUCCAAAAGGAGGCUACAGCAAUUAUAUUCGGAGUGCGACGUUUCCACCAGUUUUAUACGGGAGGGCAACACCGUUUAUACUCCGUACAGACCACAAGCCCCUAUUGUCUAUUUUUGGUCCUCAUCGUGGCGUUCCAGAAGUUACGGCUAAUAGGUUGCAGCGAUACGCUAUGUUUCUGAGUGGAUAUAACUACACCAUAGAAUACAUACGUAGCGCCGAUAACAGCGCGGACUACUUGUCGCGCGCAAGCCUACCUGAUAACGCCAACGAUGAUUCAACGCGGAAGACAGUUUACGGCCACGAGACUAGUGAUAGUGACAGUUUAGCACCAAUUGAAGACCGUGCUUCUUAUGUUAACUUUGUUAUAGAUGGUAGUUUACCCAUUACGUUAAACGAAAUACGCGAAGGAACUAUUAAGGACUCAAUAUUAGGCAAAGUUGUUUUCUAUAUUACUAAUGGCUGGCCGAGGCGUUUAUCAAAUGAAUUAA